AUGGGAAAAGCAAGAAAGGCCUAUGAACUAGAGAUCACGAAGAUAUUGGCCAAAACCAUGCAAAGCAGCUAUAGGAAAAAACAGGUUGAAGAGCUUGUUUCAAGGAUUCUUCAGAAAAUACAGUGCAUUAUCGGGCCCGCCAAAACCCAUGAAGAAAUAGAAGCUUUGAAGGCCGAGUUCAUGGCAUUGAAGCAAGAGGCAUACUCUCUUAUGAAAUCCUAA